AUGGCAGAGAUUCCGAACAACAACAAUAAUGUUGAAGGAGGUGGUGCGCUUGUUGUCCAACCUCGAAAACCCCUACUUGAUAGGUUUGAGCUUAAAAGUGGUAUGAUUCAUUUUCUUCCAACUUAUUAUGGUAAUACCACUGAGGAUCCUUGCAUGCAUAUUAAGCAAUUCUUUGAAAUAUGUGCUACGAUCAAAAUUCAAGGCCUUGAUGAUGAGCAGAUUAAGAUGAGGCUAUUCCCAUUCAGUUUAAAAGAUAAGGCUAAAUCUUGGUUAUACUCUUUGCCUAAUGCUUCAAUUCGUACUUGGGAUGAGCUUUCUAAUAAGUUUUUGAAGAAAUUCUUUCCGGCUCAAAAGACUAACAAGAUUAGAAAGGAAAUCCUUGGUUUCACACAAAAGGAAAGAGAAGCUUUUCAUGAAUGUUGGGAGAGGUACAAAGAGAUAAUAAGUUCUUGCCCACACCACAACAUGGAGAGUUGGAUGCAAAUGCAAUCUUUCUAUAAAGGUUUACUUGAUUCCAAAAAGAUGAUGGUAGAUGCAACUAGUGGAGAAGGACUGAUGAACAAAACAGUAGAUGAUGCUUUUACUCUCUUUGAAUCCUUAAGUGCUAACUCUCAACAAUGGAGCCACAAUAAAGGAAGAUGA